AAGAAACCGACAUACCCACAGAAGAAAUUAACUAGGGCAGACAGGAUUAAUGGCGCAUAUAAAGCUGUUUGUAAUAUGCCUUCUGCUAGUAUUUAUUUCUUCUGCAUGCCUUUCCUUGGCACAUUCUUCCCAAGGCCAAGAUGUUGAUCAUGUUGAUUCAAGUGCAAAGGGACUUAUGGAAGAUGAAAGACUUGCAACAGAUACAAGCAAGAGGAUAAAGGGAAGGAAACUGGCAAUAGACAGCAUCAUGAAGCAAGAGAAGAAGAAGAAGAAGAAGAAGAAGAAAGAUCAGGAUGGUGCAAUUGCAGGAACGACAACAAACCAAGUUGCUGGGAAGUACGAAAGUGAAGAAGGGAUUAAAGGGAAGAGUACUGGCUCUAACGUAGAACGUAAGCUGGGAAGCUUAACUCGUUCUUCUGAUGAAGUUAAGAACAUUGACGAGGCAGGUUUUAUACCUUUCAAUGCUGACUACCAUCCACCAAGGCACCAUCCACCUAAGAAUAACUGAAGAAAAUGAUCAAUCUAUAAAUUAUCUUCUAAUAUAUAAUUAUAAAGUACUACUUUCUGCUUUACCUAGCUAGCU